AUGGAGGAGCACCAGAGGCACCGGGGCGGAAACAGAGGCACUGGGGGCACAACUUUGGAAUGCAGAGGCACAGCUGUCUUUCCUCCCGCUGGCCACAGACACAGAUCGCAGCACGCAGGGGCUCCUAGUGGGGAGGGGAACGGGGAAGCAGUGCGGCGGCGGGAGAAGCACAGUCCGAUUUCCGCCCGCUUCCGGCCGGCGCAUCUCUCUGACGUCACUUCCGUCCACACUGCACGCGAAGGAUUUGUGGAGAGUCGGCGGAUGGUAGAAAUGUCUACUUCAUUGCUGAAGAAAGAGCUAGAGCUUGUGUGCUCUGACUCCAAGGAUUUCGGAAAGCAACCAGCAAAGCACAAGCGAAAAGAAGCUUUAAGCACUAACAAAACAGGAAUGAAGAAGCAGCUCCGAAAACUGAAACAGGGACGGCCACAAAAUCAGAGAGCAACGGCCAAAGACAGGGAUAAUAAACCAGCAAUAGAGGAGCGUAAAAAACUUGAAUCACAAGAUUACCUUGCACAAAACCUCAAAUACAUGCUUGGAUCCUGCUCUGUUACAAACAAAAAUGUUGUCAAAAAGAUAUUGGAUCAGAACUGUGGACGCAAAGCGAAAGACCAGCAGGCAACGAAGAAAAAGAGAAUGCAACAGAAAUCUGUGUUCUCAGAUUCAGACUUUGAGCGUUUUGAAAAGGAAUACUUUGGAAGAAGAUAGAUUGUGGCC